AUGGGGGCACUGUCCUUCCUCAGCUCCGAGCUGAGCAUGCGCCAAGGCGGGCCGGGGAAUGCUUGGCCGUCCCAGGAGGACGCCCCUGGGCGCAAGCCUUUAGCCAUUACUUUGGGUCGGGCCCUUACCUCUGCCAUCUCCGAGCCCCGCCGCAUCUGCGUUUCACAGCUGAGAAAACGAGGCCGGAAACGUCACCCAGCUACCGAGGCGGCUCAGAAGCAGACACGGGCAGUCGGCUCCCAAACCUCCGUACUUUGCCCCACGGCCCGCUGCCCCAGAGCUGGGGGCCGGGGACGCAGGGACACGGCUCACGGGACAGAGGAAGGCUGGGAGGCUGCGGCGGCGGGGGCCGGAGGGACCAGGGCCGCGGACCGCAGAGGGGAAGCGGGGCGAGGCAGUGAACACCAAGCGACACCUGCCACCGGCGGAAGCAGGGGCGUCACGUGUCCCGCCCGCGUGGCCCGCGUGGUGCUCGCGGGCACCCGCCCCCCACCUCCCAGCGGCCCUCAGCAGCUCCCUUUCCAAUUUGCUGCUCUUCCGGGAGUUGGUUAUCCCCAGGGAAGGAGGGCGCCCUCGUUGCCACGGCAACGGGAGCCUCCCAGCCCGGACACCUGCCCCGCGCAGCCCCGCCCCGCCCCGCCCCGCCCGGGGGAGGGGUGGAGGCUUCAGGCGCUGGGGCCUGAGGGAAGGAGGGGACAGGAAUUAAAACGCAGGGUCAGAGGGAAGGGACAGGAAGAAAAAUGGACGAGAGGGCCCCUGACAAGCCCCUUGGCCACUGAGCGCUUCCUCCCGCCCCCGGCGCUCCUCCGUCAAAGGCCGCGUCCCCGGAUCCCGAGCUGGCGGGUGGGGCUGUCGGACGCUGCUGGCGUCUCCGCGUCUUCCAGGAACCCCGGGGCGUGUUUUAAAGUCUCGGGAACGGAGCGCGCCGGAACGGAGCUUUCACUCUCCUGCCCCGCCCGCCCGGACCGAGAAGGCGGCAGCAGCAGCCCUUUGAUUAAUGGAGUCUCCUGGCGUGGGAGCGUCGAGCCACUGCCCCGCUGGAAACCCCUGGUGCCUGCUGGCUCCCAUCUGGAGCGCGUGUACGCCCAGGUCUGCAGACCAAGCCGAAGCCUGGCAGCUGAAGCGCCUCUGAGACAAAACAGCUCCGAUCUGUUCUGUAGAGGACAUCCAUUCAAUCCUGGGAGUAUGUACAGGGAAUACACUUUAGGCAAGAUGUCGUUGGUCUUCACUGUGGCAGAAACAAAGAUGAUUCCUGCAUGGCUGUGUCUUUUUCAUGCUGAAAAAAGCUGAAGUGGGCGGUCAGAACCUGCAUGUGGUUUCUGGGACUUCCUGCCCUGAGGCACCCUGGGUGUAUCAAAUGGCCCAGGGGAAUCCAGUUUGGGUAGGACAGUAUUUUCUAAGUCAGCUGCCUACAAGGAAUGGAGCGUUCGCUUAUGUGGCUUCUCCCUACGGGGAACCAGCAGGACAGGGUAGCUUUGUUUCUAUUGUGGAUCCUUUCUCUUUAAACGCCAGAUCUGCAGGCACUGGUGACUUCCAGGAGUCUCCCUGUCCCUUGGUGUCACCAAGAGGAGAGAAGCAGGUGGAGAGCUAAGGUUUCCUCUUUCCAGAUCACCAGGCCUGCAGCACACCACACAAAGAAGUGACAUUACUGAGAGGCAAUUUUCCCCAGUCAGUUCAGACGUGACCAAGUCUGGGCUGACCAAGUGAUCCAGCAUCCACAUUGGAACCUCUCAAUAAUGAAAAGAGGUGCCACUGAUAAUUGCAUGGAACUUUCCUGAGCAAACCAGGGUGUGUUCACCUUACCUGAGGGGUUGUUUCCAUCUGCAGGGGCCAUGAUAGAAGGUACUGCUGAUACUGCUGAAACAGGACAGUUGGUUAGCUCCUCCCUGAAUCCUUCAUCCUUUUUAAGAAUUUUAGAUGUGCAUUUUGCAAGAAUGUCUGUCUUCUAGAGACAAUUUCCUAGCAUCACUUUGCUGUAGGGAACUGGCAAACUCCUCCAAAGGAAACUAAAGAUUAAUAUUCAUUUUUAAGCUGCUCCUGUUUUUUUUUAAUAUUUAUUUUUUCAUGAGAGACACAGAGAGAGAGAGAGAGAGAGAGGCAGAGACACAGGCAGAGGGAGAAGCAGGCUCCAUGCAGGGAGCCCAAAGUGGGACUUGAUCCCGGGUCUCCAGGAUCAGGCCCUGGGCUGAAGUCGGCGCUAAACCGCUGAGCCACUUGGGCUGCCCUGCUCCUGUUUUUAAUACUGUUCAAUUCUUAUUGCAGUGCUGAAUUAAAUAUUCAUAUUUAUUUAUCUAUUUAUUUACUUAUUUAUUUUAAAGAUUUUAUUUAUUUAUUCAUGAGAGACACAAAGAGACAGAGGCAGAGACACAGGCAGAGGGAGA